UUGGCAGUUUGAACAUAGCAGUGGGACAGCAGACAUGGAGUCUCAAACAGAACAGCUGACCAGGAUGGAAUAUGCAAUGAAGUCUCUCAGCCUUCUUUCUCCAAAAUCUCUUUCCAGUUGGGUAGCAAUAAAUACCUCUGUGGUGACACAACAACUGUUGGCUGAAACCAGUUCCGCGAACAAAGCCCGACCCUAUCGUGUCACCAAUGCCAGUCGGAGUAUUCGGAAGGGGAUUAUGGCUGAUAGUCUCUUAGACCUUAGCCACAAGGUACAAGAAGCUCUGUCAAUGGUAGAGACCUUCUCCCUGGUUCUGGAAGAAGAUGGUACUAUCAUAGAAACAGAGGAAUAUUUCCAGACAUUAAAUGAAGGAACAGUUUUCAUGGUCCUAGAGAAGGGGCAGAAAUGGCAACCAACACCCAACCAGGGGCCUGGAUACCAGCUCUCCCUCUCUCCAAAGACCUUUAAGAGGAUGGAUGUGGCUUCUGUGACCUUUGACUUAUACAAAGCAAGGCCAGAUGACUUCAUUGGCUGCCUGAACGUGAAAGCAACACUAUAUGGCAACUAUACACUGUCCUAUGAUCUACAGUGCUCUGGGGCCAAGCGUAUCAUGAAGGAAGCUCUCCGAUGCGCUGCCUUCAGCAUGCAGGCCACUGGUCAUGUCCUUCUGGGGACCUCCUGCUUCAUGCAACAUCUCCUUGAAGACACAGAGAAGCAGCAUUCCCUGGAAGGGGUGGUAUCAUCUCUCCCAUUGAAGCUCAUAGUCCCCUCCUUUAUGAAAAUGCUACAGUGAAACCUCACUUCAAACUGAACUGCUGAGAGCCCAGAAUGCUUAGAACUAAUGGUAAUAUUUUCACCAUUAUACCACAAAGUCAGAGGAAGAGUGGAAGCAACAGGUGUGGACUGAAGGGGAAGCUGUGGGCUUUCUUGUGCCUUCUCCCAACUCUCCUCCAAAGAAUUUGGCCAACAUUUUAGCUGGGUGGAGUGGCCUGUGGUAUAGGUCCCAGUCCUCUGGAAUCCAUGAUCACUGUAACACAUUUCCCUGCUCUUGCCUCACUCCAGCAUUGCCUUAUUUUGUCAUAGAUUAACUUAGUAUUCUGGGACACAUUUGUAAUAUGUAACUUAUGUAAAUUAUAGCUUCCUUGUCUCUUUUUCUUGCCAACUUGGUGCAAUCUACAGGGUUGGGUGACUGUAGACAGAGGCCCAUAGGCUGUAAAUUCAACAGCUGCACAAAUUGGGAUCACUGGCUGAGCCACUGGCAUGAGAGCUGGAAUUUGAAGAGUUUGAAAAAGAGGAGACUGGAUCAGAUUCUCACCAUUUCCAUUCCUUGAAGGGGUAUACUUAAGAUAUUAAGUUUAGCAAUUUCAUUACACAUGGUGGGAAAAGAGAGCCCACUCACAAAACAAGUGUUUCAAAGAAGGUUUAUGAUAGUUUUUUUUUGUUGACUAGAUGAAGACUGAGUAGGAUGCUGUGGUGCUUAUCAUCUGUGCCUAGAUUGGGGUAACAAUGUGACCCUCUACAGGUUAAGGUGGUAUGAAGAUGUCAAAGAAAGUGACCCAGACUUGUAUGAACUGAUGAAGAGUGAAUUGAGCAGAAUUAAGAGAAUAAUUUAUACAAUAAUAGCAAUAUUGAAGAAAAAAUUUGAAAGAUUUAGAAACUCUGAUCCACACAGUGAGCAACCAUAAUUCUAGAAGACUCAAGGUGAAAUAUGCUAUCCAUUUCCUGAUUCAGAGCAAUGAACUCAGGAUGUAGAGGGGUGUGUGUGUGUGUGUGAGUGUGUGUGUGUGUGUAUGUGUGUGGCCAAUGUAGAAAUUUGUUUUGUUUGACUAUACACAUUUGAAGUAGGUUUUUGUUUUUCUUGCUUUAUUUUGAAUGGAGAUAGAAGAAAGAGGAUGUAGAUCUGAAUAUAAAAUAAAAUGUAAUUAGUUUUGUUUAAAUGCUUGACAACAACAAAA